UGAUAAGCCAAACGGCAUAAGGUUGGGGUUGAUGUGAGCAGCUGAACAGCUGUUUCUGACGCGAGCACCAACUGCGCCGGCGCCUUGCAAACUGCAAGCGCACGGCGAACGACGAGCCGACGAGUAGCCGAGCAAGCGAGCCGAACCAACGUCACGAAGAAAGAAACGAACGACGAAACCGAAACAUGUGCUGGACAACCUGAGCAAGUCGGGACUGAAACGGCACUCACAAACCAAUUCAACUUUCAACUGAGUGGACGUCACGCAGUAGAAGCAACAGCAACAGCAACAGCAGCAGUAGCAGCACAGCAGAGCAGAGUCAGCGUCGCAGCGUGUCUCUCAGUUUUCGGGACUCGGCAUUCCAUAGCCGCCAUUCCCAGUUUCAGUCGUUUGGCAGUGGCCCGACAUGCCGGUACAAGAGUCGCAUCUACGUUUUCGCUCUCGCCAACAAUUGUUGUUGCUCGCGCCGCGUCGUCAACAGCAGCAGCAACAGCAACAGAACCAAUAACAACAAUAUGAAAAUGGAAAAUAAAUAAAUAAUAGAAAUAUGUGCAAUUGAAUUUAUUGAAGCGGCACACGAUUUGUUUCACAUUGGUUGAUAGUCAAUUACGCCCCGUCACAGGCAAAACGUGCGCGCGAUUUUUAGUGGGUGUCAACGGCGAGAGUAUCUCAAAGAUACGCAAACAAUGCAACAAAACGCUUGAGUGCAGUAAGAAGUGAGCAUAAUUAACCAAAGCACCGAAUCAUACACUCUACCAAUUCACAAGAACGGCCAACAACAACAACAGGCAGCCAAAAUGCAAUCUGAAUUGAUUCCCGCCCCGAACAUUACCAAUUCCAAUAGUUGGCUGAAAAUUGCUGAUUGGGGCUUGCCAAAUAAUUUGGUAUGCGCUGGAAAUACCUUAGCUGCAGCUGCCCCUAAUGAGACUCGCUCCCAGGGCCAACACACACACACAUGUUUACAAUACUCCGGCAACGGGCAUGGCCAGCCAGGACCUUGGGAUUGAUGGCGCUCGACGGCAAAGCGAUAAUUAAGGAGGAGAUUACCGACAAGGACGCCUACGAUGCGGCCGCAGCAGCAGCAGCAGCAGCAGCGGCAGCAGCGGCAGCGGUCUCAGUGGCAACAUCAACAGCUGCCUCAUCCGCGUCAUCCUCAGCGUCCUCAUCAGCAGCAGCAGCAGCCAACACAGCGGCUACUGCGGCUGCAAUUAGUCGACGGUUUAAAGCUAACAGCAGCAACAGCAGCAGCAACAGCAGCAACGGCGACAAGAGCUCCAGCACCACCACCACCAACUCCUCCUCGGCCGGCGGCAGCAGCAGCAGCAGCAGUAGCAGUAGCAAGGACAUGUCCAUCACCGGCACCAACACAGUCAGCAGUCAGCAGCUCACGCCCAACGGCAGCCGAGAGCGGGAGCGUGAAAGGGAACGGGAACGGGAACGAGAACGUGAUCGUGAACGAGAAAGGGAUCGGCUCUGUCGCACGCCACCAGAGUCGCCUCCUGCGCUGGCGCGCAAUAUGGUAGCUGCUCCGCGCUCUCCCCACUCACCGCCCCAGCAGAUGCACCACCACCAGCGACCACAGCGCAACACGAGCGCCUCCCCCGUGGUAAACGGCGGCGCCAGCUCCGCCACGUCGCCCACGCCAGGAUCACAGCACGCAGCCUCUCUAGCCGCUGCUGCGGCCGCGGCUGCAGCGGCUGCUCACGUGGAGCAGGCGCGGCUGCUGUCCAAGCUGCGGAAGUUCCUGGGCGCCCUGCUCCAGUUCUCGCAGGAGCUCGGCCAGCCGGAGGUGAGCGAGCGGGUGCGCGCCCUAGUGCUGUCCCUGGCUAGCAGCAACAUAUCACUGGAAGAGUUCCGACUGGCCCUGCAGGAGGCCAUCAACCUACCGCUGCGACCGUAUGUGAUGCCGCUGCUCAAGAACAGCGUGGCCCUGAUGCAGCGCGAGAUCCUGGCCCUGGCGCGAGCCACUAACCAGUCGGCCAUGCAGUACGUGACCAGCAACGAGCAGGCUGUGAUGGAGCUGACGCCCCAUGGCGUGGGCAGCGCCGAGUUCGCGGACAUAUUCGUGCAGCUGGAGGCGCCGGCGCCGGUUGCGGCCAACGGCAAUGGCGGGUCGCUUUUCAAGCGCCGCUCCUCGGACUCGAUCAUGGAGCACAGCGCGCACAACGGCCUGCAGGAGUGGGCAGAGUACAUGCCCAACGCCGGCGCAGCCUACGCGCCGCCCAGCAAGCGGCUGGCCAUGCAUCCGGCUGCCGCCCACUCGGUGCUCGCCUUCGACUAUAGCACUGCGACUGCCGCCGGCGAGGCGGCUGCUGCCGCGGGCUUCAUGCAGCGUGACGAGCGAGACCUGCGCCUGCCCGAGUCGGGGCAGGGUGCCAGCAGGCUUGCGCUGCCCCAGGUGGCGCGCGGGGGCAAUGCGCCAGCAGCAGCUGCUCCUGCCCCUGCUCCUGGCGGCGAGGAGGAGUGGAAGAACAUCCACACCAUGCUUAACUGUAUCUCGGCCAUGGUCGACAAAACCAAGCGGGCCAUCACCAUCCUGCAGCAGCGCGGCAUCGAGCCACAGCACGGCAGCAACGGCAGCCAAGACCUGACGCCCGCCGCCAUGGCCGAGCUGCGUCGCCAGACCGAGGAGAAGGUGGCCGAGUUCAAGCGUAACGCCGAGGAUGCAGUCACCCAGGUCAAGCGGCAGGCGGUCAUCGAGAUACAGAGAGCCGUGGUGGCAGCUGAGACGCGUGCAGCCGAGAUCAUGACUCAAGAGCGACUGCGCAUGGAAAAGUUCUUCAUGGAGAUGAGUCGUCACUCCAGCGGAGACCGCGAUCUGGAUAAUAAGUCGCCAUCCAUAACCAGCGCGCAGAAUGGCAGCAGCCUGCAGCAGCAAUGCUGGAACUGCGGCCGCAAGGCCACGGAGACGUGCUCCGGCUGCAACAUGGCCCGCUACUGCAGCGCCUCAUGCCAGUACAGGGACUGGGACAGCCAUCACCAGGUGUGCGGCAACUCACGGGCUAGCGAGCUGAGCGCCAAGCAUUUGCACUCGGCUACCGCUAACACCAGCGCCAGCGGCAUGCGCAGCGCCAUGGCAGCCCGCUCCCCUCCCACGCCUACAGCCGCAGCAGCGGCAGCCGCAGCGGCAGCGGUGCAUCUGCAGGCGGCUGGUGCCGGCGUGCGGGAGUCGGCAGUGGCCGGUGGCACGGCUGGCGGCACUGCGGCCGUUGGCGUCGCUGGGGGCGGGGCUGGGGUCGCCGCUGGCACAGCCAGUGCGCUGGUGCCCAACGGACUGGGCUCCAAAUGACGCAUUCGCAUGAUGAAACCCAAGAAGAAAUACUUGUGCUAGUCAAAUUACCGAUCGGGCUCGAAUACGACGAUAAAAAAAUUAUAAUCUACAUAUACAAAUAGAUAUGGAGUUUAACUAACGUAAACCUUAACCAAAAGAAAAAUCGGACAUUGUCAGCAUUAUCCAAAUAGUCUUUAAUUACAUACUUAAUAUACUUCAAGUAAACGAGAUAGAUAUGUAAUUUGAGCCUAACACAUUUUGCAGUACAUUAAAAAUAUAAACAAAAAUAUAUUAAUAAUAUUAAAGGAAAACGAGUUAAGUGCGCGGCAAAAUAAUUUAAUUCAACUCUAGUUUUUGUGAAAAUUACGAGAGAAACGAAAAUGUUUGAAAUCACGCUGAAAAGCCUCUCUGAACUUUAUUGACUUAAAUUAAAUUGUAUGAGCACUUAAAAGACACCAAGGCAUAAGAAAUAAAUAGAAAAUAAUUCAAAUAUUUGCACCACAAUUAAUCAACUUAAAAAUAUGCAAAAUUAUAUUAAUGCAAACUCUUAAAAGCAACUCAGAUUUAUUUAAGAGGUCAAAGCUGCAAGUAGUUUUUAGGAGUCAGCCCGCGCAGCGAGGGGAGGGAGCUUGAAGAAAACGGGAAUACUUAAACUGAACAUAGUAAUUUUUAUAAAAUAAUAAAAUAUGAUAAAUAUAAUGAUUAUUAUUAUUAUUAUUAUUAUUAUUGCCAUUACUGCUAUCAUUAUGGAUAAUUUAUUGAUUAUAUAUAUCUAUCUGUAUGUAUUUAAAUUAUUAAUUAGUAUUUAUUGUAUUUCUAAACACGUAUUUAACUGUACUUUAAAUAUAGACAAGCAAGAGAAAACCAAAAGCAAAUGCAAGAAAAUCUAAUCUAAAUGUUACAACCCACACAAAGAAAGGCUAAAAAGAAACCCAAGAAAUAAAGUGUUUUAAACCAAAAAA